AUGGAAUCAAUGAAGAAGCAGUAUCUGAAAUAUGGGUCUGAGAGAAGCAAGGCAAAGGAAAAGAAUCAGAGGUUGUUCUUGGACAACGGAAGCAUCUUGUUAGAAGAACUAAUCGCUGAUUGUAAUGGUAAUUCCGUUCCUAUACGCAGCUUUUCUUCUGACCAUAUCCUUAAAGCCACCAGUAACUUCGAUUCAAGUUGUUUUGUCUCGGAGGAUGUGUACUAUAAGUGGUUUAAAGGUAAAAUUGAAGAUAGAUCUUACAUGAUCAAGAGAUUCUCAGAGGAUAAAAUUACAGAGCACAGAAUUGAAGAGGUUUAUAAUGACAUUGUCUUGUCUGCUCGUAUGAGCAACCACAACAACUUUCUAAAGCUAUUAGGAUGCUGUCUCGAGUUUCCUUUUCCGGUUCUUGUGUUUGAAUUUGCAGAACAUGGAGUUUUGAAUCAUCGAGGAGGUGUUACGGUUAACGGGGAAGAGUCUUUAUUGCCAUGGAGUUUACGGUUAAAGAUUGGGAAAGAGAUUGCAAAUGCUGUGACGUAUCUUCACAUGGCGUUCCCUAAGAUCAUCAUACAUAGAGAUGUUAAGCCAAUGCACGUUUUCUUGGACAAGAAUUGGACUACAAAGCUGUCCGAUUUAUCUUUCGCGAUAUCUCUCCCUGAAGGGAAAUCAAGAAUAGAAGCUGAAAGGAUUCUUGGAACAUUUGGGUACCUCGAUCCAUUAUACCAUACCACGAGCUUUGUGACGGAAUAUACUGAUGUGUACAGCUUUGGAAUCUGUUUGUUGGUUUUUCUCACUGGCAAACCGGCUGUCGUCACUGGAUCUGAUGGAGAUCCACAAGGUGUUCUUAGCUAUGUGAAAGGGUUAUGCGAGAAUGGGAAGCUCGAUGAAGUAAUUGAUCCAAUGAUGAUUAAAGACAUCACAAGUGAUCAAAGAUUGCAAGUGGAAGCGUGUGUUGUACUUGCUCUGAGCUGCUGCGAAGAGAGGGAUGAAGACAGGCCAAAGAUGAUCCAAGUAGCUAAAGAACUCAAGCGGAUUGAGUCCUCUCUUCUGAUAUAA